AUGUUCACCAGUGGCUUUCAAGAGGAGACGAGUGGCCAUGUUCAGAUUGAUGACGUAGACACAUCCACAGUGGAGAAACUACUCAACUACAUGUACACUGGCCAGCUGAGCGCCAAAGAGAUAACUCGCCAGGAGAUAAAGCUUCUUGUGGCAGCAGACAAGUACGAAGUGUUGGAGCUGAAGGACAAUUUGGAGUCACAGUUGUGCAAACUACUGGUCAACAAGUGUCGCCUAGAUGCUCUGAGGGAUGUUUUGUUGGCGGAUGACAAGGCUGAGAGAACAGUGGCAGUGAACAUACUGGAUAAAACAUUGUUCACUGGUAGGUUAGGUGAUGGGAAGUCAUAG